AAUACUUAUGGGCUAGCUCAGCCCUCCCCUACUACCGACAACACUAUCUUCAUCGUUCUGACCCUCAACAAGCAAUCAUGGCGUCCAAAGAUGGUUUCUCAUGGACUGAGGCUAACGGCCUCAGCCGUGGCGUUCCCUGCAUCGGCGCAAUCCAACCCUCCUCGAAUAUCGUCCAGGGCGCUGAGGACUUCGACGUCGUCGUCGUAGGUGCUGGCUACAGCGGACUGACCGCGGCUCGAGAUGCCAGCGUUGCCGGUAGAUCAAUUUUUUUUUCUCUUCUGUCCCAUGAGUAGAUGCCUGGCAACAACGACUGAUGAUCGACCACCUGGGUCGAGACAGGCUUGAAGGUUCUUCUUCUCGAGGCGCGCGACAGAAUCGGCGGCCGAUCGUGGUCGUCCAACAUCGCCGGUUAUCCAUACGAGAUGGGCGGUACUUGGGUUUUCUGGGGACAACCGAAUGUUUGGCGCGAGAUAAGUCGUUACGGAAUGCGAGAUGAGCUCGUAAGCUCGUAUGACUUUUCCAGGGGCCUCAACCGGUACAUACUGUCCUGCGGGCAAGAGGCACAGCAUUUCAGCCACGAGGAAGAGGACGCACUGAUUGGGUCUGCCUUAUUGAAGCUCGUCAACGUCGACGGACAGUUUGGCCGCGUCGCGGUGCCGUUUCCUCAUAACCUGAUCCUCAAUCCAGAAGAGCGUAGAUACGACCAAAUGUCCGUCGCAGACCGCCUCGCCGAGAUAAAGAAUACCCUCACGCCGAAUGAACUUCUCUGCGCCGAGGCGUUCGUGCUCCUGUGCAGUGGAGCCACGCUUGAGACGACGAGCUUCUACGAGUUCCUCCACUGGUGGGCGUUAUGCGGAUACACAUACGAGGGCUGCAUCAACCACCUGGUCAAGUACAAGUUUAAGCAUGGACAGUCGUCUUUUGCCAUUAGGUUCUUCCGAGAGGCCGAGGCAACAGGCAACAUGUCGUACUCGUUCAGCAACCCAAUCUCCAAGAUCCAAGACAACGGGUCCGGAGUCCAAGUCACCACUCGCGACGGCAGGACCUUUUGCGCCAAAAGAGCGAUCAGCGCUAUUCCUUUAAACGUCCUCAACAAUGUCCAGUUCGAACCACCGCUGUCGCCCGGGAGAAAGGCAGCCGUAGACACUGGACACGUCAAUCAGACCAUCAAAGCCCAUGCUGAGACCAGUGAUCGGGAUCUGCGAUCUUUUACGGGUAUCAGCUACCCACAUAACGGGCUGCUAUACGGAUUUGGUGAUGGCGAGACUCCAGCGGGCAAAACCCACAUCGUCGCGUUCGGCGGACAACAUAACCACUUCCAUCCAGAGGACGACAUUUCCAAGACCAUUGCGGCUUUCAACGGAUUCACACCCAUGAAGGUGGAUAGACUUGUUUUCCACAAUUGGUCACGAGAUGAAUUCGCAAAAGGAGCAUGGUUCUUUCCAGGACCUGGAUUGCUAUCAAAUAGUUUGCAAGACCUUCAGGAGCGUCAAGGGAACAUUGUCUUCGCGUGCUCAGACUGGGCUCUGGGCUGGCGCAGCUUCAUUGACGGAGCAAUCGAAGAAGGAACCCGCGCGGCGGCCACCGUGUGCGCCGAUCUCACAGGCAGGUCAAGGCUCUGAGUGUUUCCAUGUGGAUGAACUUUUGGGAAUUUGGCUAGCUAAAUUGAAAUUGAAA